AUGGGCUCCAUUGCCGAAUCCUCCAGCGUGAGCCCUCAAACGGGUAUAGACAGACUGAAGGCCAUCCAAGAGAUUGUCGAGGCUUCGGUUGGAAUCGCUUCUACUGAUUUACGAAAGGUCAUUAAGCAUAUUUAUGACAACCCUGAAAUCGCGUUCGAGGAGUACAUUGCCCACGACACAAUUUGCAAGUACCUCGAAGACCAAGGAUUCCAGGUCACUCGCAAAGCAUAUGGCGUCGAGACUGCCUUUGAAGUUCUGUAUGGUCAGGGUGGCCGACUUGUCAGCAUCAACGCGGAAUACGAUGCUCUUCCUGGAAUUGGCCACGGAUGUGGCCACCACCUGAUUGCCGCUACAAGUAUCGCUGCCUUCCUCGGUGUUACAGCCGCUAUCAAGCAGAACGGUAUCCAGGGUCGUGUUCAGCUCCUUGGCUGUCCCGCCGAGGAGAAUCAGGGUGGCAAGGCCGUCCUCUGCAAUGCCGGCGCUCUCAAGGGGGUUGAUGCCGCUGUCAUGGCACACCCUGUGCCUCCUCAGCAGAUUGCGCCAAAUGCUGUUGAAGAUGGUGUCACCUCAUUUGGAGGUGCCUCUUCUUUGGCCAUGCUCCGGUGGGUCGUUGAGUUCCAUGGAAGAGCAACUCACGCGUCUGCAUGCCCUCACCUUGGUAUCAAUGCAUUUGAUGCCGCUGUCGCCGCUUAUAACAAUAUUGCUCUUUUGAGACAGCAGACUCUCCCCGAGGAGAGAAUUCACGGUGUCGUCCUUGAAGGACCCACUGUGCCCAACACUAUUGGACACUACACUAAGUGUGUUUGGAUUGCUCGCAGCCCUACCCGGGGUAAGCUCCAGGCUCUUUCAAAGCGUGUUCUUGCUUGCUUCGAGGCUGCUGCCACCGCUACUGGAUGCACUGUGACUGUCACUGAGGGUAACAUGUACACCGAUACCCUCGUUACUGAGAGCCUUUGCAACCGCUACGCAGAGAUCACAAAUAGCAUCGAAGGCCAGAAGACCAUUCCAUUCAUUCACAGAAUUGAGCCUGGCUCCACAGACUUUGGCAAUGUCACAUAUGAAUGUCCGGGUAUUCAUGCAUACUACGCUAUCCCUUGUUCUGCCGAAACUUCUGUCCAUCACCAGACCUUCACUGCGGCCACGGGUACGGAAGAGGCAUACUACCUUGCACUGAAGCAGGGAACCAUGCUGGCUCUGACUGCGUGGGAUCUUCUUACUGACGACGCAUUCUAUAAAGAAGUCAAGGCCGAGUGGGAUGUGACCGUGAAGAAGCACAGCUUCGCUUGA